CAAUCAUGGCUGCAAUUUCAUGAGCGAGCAAAACAACAAAUUAUUUGAAAAUGACAGAGGUCAUCGAUCGAUAUCUGAAUCAGCUCAAUAGCUGCUUGAAAACACUAUCGUCAAGCAGAGGCAGAGAAGCUGCGGAUAUUUGCCGCGAUUUACGACUUUAUUGCAUUGAGAAUAUAAACGAAACUCAACUGGCAUAUUGCUCCUCGCUACUUUUCAAUCAAGAUGAUGGCCUUAUAACCUUUGUAAAAGCGGUUGUUCAACUUGACGAGUUUGCCAAAUGCAAAGAGGUCAUCCUGUCCUUUCUUGCGGAAUACAUUGCAAAAGUUAAAACAAGGAUUUCACCAUAUGCAACUGAUAUUAAGGAUAUAUGUCUGAAGCUGUUCACCAAAGAUAAAAAUGCCAGGGUUAAAAAUGAAACGUUUGAAGUGUUACUUCAAUUGUUUGAGUUGAAAUUUGAACCCACAAUUGUUGAGAAACUUGAUGUUAAAAAUAUUGUUGAAAAAUAUUUCUCAGCUUGCUCUCAGUCAACCAAGAAAAAGUCUUCAGUGAGUUAUGGCAUAUACUCAUUACUCGGGACAUUGGCCGAAUAUUUCCCUGAAUAUAUGGUCGACAAGGCUGAUAGACUUGUUCAAAUUUAUGUUGGGGUUCUUAAAGCGGAAAUGAGGAAAUCAGGCAAACCUGACAUGCCUGUUGUUGCAGGUUGUAUCAGAGGUCUGGAUUCCACUCUGGUCAAUUUUACCCAAUCUGUUAAUGAAGGAUCCAUAUACGCGAAAAAUAUUUAUUCCUUUUUGAGAAGUGCGAUUGAUUCAAAGAUUAACUAUGCAAGAUACGAUGUCCCUCGAGCGGGACUGAAUUUUUUGGCCCGACAUGCGUCUCAGUACAAGGAAUAUUUGACGAAAGAUUAUGAAUCUGUCUACAACACUUUAUUCGAUUGGUGUAAAAGAAAAAACAAGGAGUUAAGAGUGAAAGGUUUCGCGGCGUUGGAAGCAUUCCUAAAGCAGGUUGCUGAAUGCCUUGUCACCGAAGAUUUCGAGACAACGGUUGAAUGCGGAGAUAUUUUUAAGUAUUUCAUCAAAGAAUUUCGACGAAUCAUUAAUUCCAACGAGAGUUUAACUAGAGAAAUUUCAAUUGCCAUCAGAGGUUAUGGGUAUUUUGCAAAGCCGUGUAAGGUUUUUCUCAAAGAUGAAGAUAUCAAAUAUAUGUUUACAUCAAUCAUUCAAAUGAGCGAACAAAUGUAUUUCAACGACAGCGAGUUAAAAGAGGAAAAGCUGCAAAAUUUACCGAGUUUUCUUGAAGCGCUUGGGUUUAUUGUUGAAGAAAUAGAUGAGAUUCCUCCUGCAUUUCUGUCGUUUUUGGAGCGACUUGUAGUCGUUUUGAUCGAGAAAUUUCCGGAACUAGGCAGAGGUCCACAGUUUAUUUGCCUCAAAGCAAUGUUGAAGUUAUUCCUUGCAUUGACGACGAGAGGUGCCUCGCUCAAGUCAUUUCUGUCCGAAAUAGUCUAUCAAGGUCUCAUUCGGACAUGCUCGCACCCAGUUCUUCUUGAUGAGGGUGUUGAUGCGAUGGAAGGUGUUACUGAAUUCGAUGUUCGUCAUAUCUCGUACAAAGACUACCUGGAAUUGUGGGAAUGUUUCCUGGACGGUGGACAAUACAAGGACCAAAGCAUUAUGCCGAAAGUGUCUUCCCUUACACAGGAUAUCCAUCGCGCUAUCUACGAUGAACUUAUUCAGGCGAUCCUCAAGGUCGCUCAUAAGCUAAAUCUCUCAUCAUUUCGUGACGUGGAAACCCAAGACGAAGAUUUGCAAACAGAGCAGCCGUCCUCACCAGAUGCACCACUAUUAACUACCUCAGGUGGUACCACAGAUCCAAUUUCUGGCAUACAGCCUGAAGCACCCAAAGAUUUCCAAAUAUUUAUUAACCUGGUCGAGUUUUCCAGGAAAAUUCUUCUUAAGACCAAAACGAAAUGGUUUGAGAAUUGGAUUUAUACUUUUGGAAAAGAAUUGGUCGUUUUAUCUGCAAGGUUUCCCUUGGUGAGCGGCUUUUACAAAUUGCUGGAUAUUGUUAUGAAAAUAUCGCGCAAACUCGACUAUUUUAAGGGUAUGACGUUGAAGGAUGUUUCGACCGGCUGUGUUGACGAUAUGGAGACCGAUCAACUGGAUUUCUCUGACUGUCGAAAUUGUUUUAUAUUGUUUCAUAAAUUUGCGAUGGAGGUUGUGGUAAGAAUGAAACAGUAUAAAGAUGAUUUGAAGUCCUCUUGCCUGCAGCUUGUCCUUUCUUUGCCAAACGAGUUGGUUUUAUGUGAUAUUGACAUUAUUAUUCCUACACUGAAGACGGCCUUCAAGCUCGGCCUAGGAUUUCUGCCUCUGGCCGAGGCCGCCCUCGAUGCUCUGGAUACGUGGACAGCGGAGUUGCCAUCGGAGAUAUUACAUCCCUACCUACGAGAAGUUCUCCCACAGUUGGAUGGUUACCUUAAAACUGCAUCAGAACUAGAGACUUCAAAUGAAAAAGAGACGAAAUUGAGGUCAAGAAAAUCAGGAAAAACAAAAGCGUCCAAAAGUAGCAAGAGAAAUCCAAAUGAGGAAGAGAAUAGCCCGCUGAACAAGGUUCGUCAUCGAAUACUGAUUCUUCUCGGAACGUUGGGUGGCAAGUGUAACCUGGGGUUACUUGAGGGCGGUGAAGGAUCUGUUGCAUCAAGUGGGAUAGCAUGGGAUACAAAACAACAUUUAUCGUUUGCUGUCCCAUUUCAAGAUAUGAAACCAACUAUUUUUCUUGAUCCAUUUCUUCCAAGGGUCGUGGAGCUCGCCACUAGUUCAAGUGAUCGACAGACAAAGGUCGCUGCGUCUGAGGUUUUCCACUCGCUGGUUCUGUUCAUGCUGGGCAAAAGCGUUCAAAUUCCGGAUGCGAGUAGCAAGAGUCCUUUGGAGAAACUAUGGAAGCGUGUGUUUCCUGUUGUCUUACAACUCGCGUGUGACGUGGAACAAGUUUCACAACAGUUGUUCAGGCCUCUUCUAUUCCAGUUGAUCCAUUGGUUCACGAACAACAAGCAAUAUGAAAGUCCGGACACCAUCAUCCUUCUUGAGACGUUACUUGACGGGAUUGUCCAUCCAACAGACACUGCUUUACGUGAUCUUAGUGCGUUGGCUCUGGAAGAAUUUCUGCGCUGGUCAAUCAAACAAGCAACGAAAAACCAACUGGAGAAAAGUCCAAUCAACAUUAAGUCUUUAUUUAAAAGACUUUACAGUCUAGCAACACAUCCUAGUGCGAACAAGCGACUCGGAGCAGCAUUGGCGUUUAAUAAUAUUUACAGAGUUUUUAGGGAAGAAUCGUCGCUGGUUGAGAAUUUCACGAUUGAGAUUCUUGUGACAUAUCUUGAAAGCUUAGAAAUGGCGCAUGAAGAUGAAAUUUCGUUAGGAACUCAAUCCCAAUGUAUUGAAGUGAUAAGUCAUCUUGAAAGAAUCAUUGUUUCCAAAUCUUCAGUCUUGUUGAAUGUGAACAAGAAAAGGAGAGUGCCUCGAGGAUUUUCUGCGGACACAACAACACUUCGUCACCUGAUACCUUGGCUCGUGAGAAAGUGCGGAUGUUCUCAGACUGAAUGUCGUCAUCAAUGUAUGAGACUUGUGUCUGUGUUGGCUCCAUUGCUUCCUGAAUGUUCCUCUGUUCAAACGUGGAUGAAGAAGACUGUAGAAUCAGAUGGUGAAGAUUAUUUUAUAUUAAGGUUUGAAUGUGGCUUUGCUGGUAAAUCUGGUAUCCAGAAACAUCCCACAUUAUCAUCUAUCAACGAGACAUUCUCCCUCACUACCACUAAGCAUUGGUUUGACCUCGUUCUGGCUGCCCUGGAUUCGUACAUCUGGAGUUUUGGGCAACGUUUGCUUACACCAAGCUCAAUAUUUCAAGGUAAAACAACAAGUGUAUUGUGGAGGACACUUUUGUAUUUCAUCGAAAAGCUUUCCUUGAAUGGCAUUGAAAAAGCCUUUGAGUGUUUUCCAACGACAUCGGAUGGCGUUAAUACUCAUGCUUUCUCACCCAGUGAAAUUCAAGAAUAUAACAGGGCAAAAUGCACUGUUCUUGUGAGAAUUAUAGCGUUCAUAACAUUGCUUCUUCAAAUGAAUGCAAAAGAAUACUUAGAGAUUGUCCCAUCAGAAUUGUGGACAGGAAAAUUCUUUGAAGCUCUCUGUACGAGCGUACUUGAGCCUCAAUCACUCGGCUUUAACGUUGCCGAUCUUGAAGUUUUGGAAAAAUUGCCAGAACAGACAUUUGAACUUUGUAAAUCACUGGCGAGCAAAUUACCAAAACAAUUUUUAAUUCACUUGACUACAACUUUGAUGUCAAAAAUAUCCUUAGGCGGGCGAUGUAAUCUAUUUGAACUGCUGCCUUUGCCGUUGUCUGGAGAAGAAUGUGAUCAAAUGGACCAUACAAGAUUACAGCUUCUUGUGAGAGGCUACCAGCAACUUCAUCGAGCUGAGAUUUUGCUCCCAGCUUUGGCAAAAGAGGGAGAAUGGAGUGCAGAAAAAUGUUCAGAAGAGUUGUUGAAGUCCGUAUUCCAAGGAUUUAUCGUGCAGGAUUCUGAUGUAUUUCGAAUUGUUAAUCUAACACCAGCCUCACGGGAACUUGCAAAAAAAUUACUGGAUUUAGCUUUCGAUUUAGGAUUGAAGAUUGAAAGUGUACUUCAUUGCAUACUGAAUAAGUCUUGCCUCGCCGAUGCAAAAGGUUCUUCAUCGACCGUUGGAAUGGUUUUCUACCAGACGUUUCACAAUACAAUCGAGCAUUUGCUCAUCAAGAAUUCGAGCGAACAUUUGCCAAAGAUAUUGGAAUAUAACAGAGAUGAAGCUCAAUGGGUAUCCAGCACCGUUAUCGCUUUGUUGGACAGCAUGGUAAAAGACAAGGAACUGAGAAAGAUGAAUGGUCGAAAAAUGACAACUGUGCUUCUAGAAUCGUGGGAAAGACUGAGCCACUGGUGGGAGAAUGGCGGUGAAGAGCUGAAGAGAUCGACCGCCAUUUUAAUAAGGAAUAUAUUGAUUGUUGAUCCCAAGUGUUUAUCCGAAGUAAAAUCUUCCAGGGGUAUGUUCAAAACUUACAAUGGCUUACUGAAAGAUAAAACAAUUACAUUAACCGUCAAGAUCCAAUGUUUGGAGUUGUUACCUUGUUUUACAAGUGCAACAAUACCUUCCGAACAAACUGAAGCUUUGAGGUCUGCCUUGAAAACCCUUAUCGCCGAUAACUUUCCCUUGUCCUCAAAAGAGUUUAAUGAAAACAAUCCUAAAUACAGCGAUUAUAUCGCAGCUCUGGAUAAGAUCUUGUCCGCUCUCGUCAUCUCUGGAAGUUUAAUGCUGUUUGACUUGCUCAUUUCUAUCGUUUGUCGUGAGGAAAGUCACAGUCAUGAGGAAGAAAUACAAAUUCAGUUUGCAAAGUUUAUUAAACGACUUAAGCUCCAACAAGCAAGAAAAGCUCUGGAUAUUUGUUUCGAUGUGUUUACUAAAAAAGACACAGAAUACCGCAAUCUCACUCGUCGUGCUGCCAUUGAUAAAGUUUGUCUUGUUUUGCUACGAGCUUCGUCAACCUCUGUCUUCCGAGAGUUUUAUGUCGAUCAUAUUAAAAACAUCAUGGAAAUUAUUGAAACGAGAUUUUCAAAGGCGACAGAUAGUGUAUUUGAAAGUCAACUUGUGUCGAAGUUGUGCUGUUUUAAACUUCUUGCUUUGCUCUACGCAAGACUGGAAAAAACAGACGUGAGUAGCAUGGAAUCCAGAAUCAACAGAGCUUACAACAACGACGUGAAAACUGGGAAGGAACUCACUAUGGCUAUUACGAAGGCAGCUCAUGCAGCUAAGAGCGAGAACAUGCAAGGGGAGACAGUUCUUCUUCCACUCCGUCGCGAGUAUCACUGUUCAGCGUACAAUGCUCUCAUAUCAGUCAUAUCUCGCACACAAACACUGCUAAAGUUCUACAACGGCUUUCUGUUCAGCGAAGAUUUGUCCAAGGGGCAGUUUCUGUUGGACAAUCUUGUCGACUGUACGAAAAAAUUACAUUUCGAGAUGGAACUCUCAGCACCACUUGAUAAACGAACUCUGUUGACUUCAAUCAGAUGCGAAGCCAGAGCUACUAGAAUGAAUUCAAGUGAAAACUAUGAACAUGGUGUCUCCUUGCGUUAUCUCUCGUCCCAGUAUCUUGCUGACAGCAGUUUAUGCGAGGAAGUGAGCCAGUUUGAUUUCUCAACACCCAUUCAAGCUUUAUCUCAGAGCGAAUCCACAGAACAGGAUAUCGCUGGUGGAGAGAACUCAGGAACGCCUGCUUCACCCAAAGAAAGUGAUUCGGACAUUUCAUCAGAAGAACUGGAAAUGGAUGAACUUAACAGGCAUGACUGCAUGACAACAUUGGUUGGUCUGAUUAAUCAUUUAGUAAAGAACAAGAUUUCCCCACAGCCAGAACAGGGCAAAGAAGCGAACGAAAUGCCGCCUUGGAUGUCAUAUUUGCACAAGAAACUGUCGCAUCACUCUAGUGAACUCAAUGUCAGAUUGUUCAUCGCAAAAUUGAUCACAAACCUGCCCGAAGUAUUUGAACCUUACGCAAAGUUUUGGCUGGACUCGUUGAUGGAACUCAUCCUUCUUCCCACUUUCAAAAAUUCAGAGCUCAACUAUUUUGUCAUCGAUAUUGUGGUCACAAUGUUAUCCUGGUCAUCGGUGACUAUUCCUGAGGAUUCGUAUUCUAGUCGACGUUUGACGAGUCGCCUUUUGGAGUAUCUAAUGGAGACGUGCAAUCAUCCCACUCGAAGUAUCUUCAAGAAUAAUUUGGAGGUUAUUAAGACGUUCGUUGAGGUUUGGAAAGAAAGAAUUGACGUACCUUACAAACUUAUAUACGAAAGGUUUUCUAAUGCCAGCGUAAAUACAAAAGAGAAUUCAGUUGGUAUUCAACUGAUGGGAGUUAUCGUAGCUAAUAAAAUCACACCUUUUAAACCUGGAUGUGGCGUUGAUGAAAAAAGGUUCUAUCAGGACUUGGUAAAAAAUCUCAGUUUCAAAUACAAAGACGUCCACGGGGCAGCAGCGGAGGUUAUCGGAAUGAUUUUGAAGUAUUUGUCUGAAGAAAAUGACAAGGAAUCCUGCGAUGGUCUAAGUGGUUUGCUCAAUGAAAAACUGUCCUCGAUGACUAAAGAUCUGGAUAAGUUUAUACUCUGUGUUCACCAGCUACAAAUUCAUUUUCCACCGAUUGUUGACGGGUUUAUAAAUCAAAUACUCUUCGUUUUUCAACACGUCCACGCACAGUUCAAGACACUUUGCCUUGAGAUUAUUCUUUCAAGAGUAGGCGUCAUACCCAACCUCUUUUUGGAACUCAAAACUAAAGGAUUUCUGAAUACAUUGACCCACAGAGAUGAGGCGACGCAAGUUGCUUGUUUACGAAUCAUUCUUGGUCGUCUGAGUCAGAUGAGUGUUGGCGACAUACAAACAUUGUUGCCGUCUGUCACAGAUUUCUUGUCAAGUAAAAGCGUAGCUUGCCGUGGUUUGAUGUUUGACAUCCUUAUUUGGAUAUACGAUACCUACAGAUUUGACGAGACGUUUAAGAACGAGGACUCUGAAGGCUCUGAAGAUGUUUUAUGUAGGACAAAAAACGUCUUACUUCAAGGUCUGGCUGAUGAAAACAAAGAAAUGAGGUUGAAGUUGAGAAAUUUCUGGAGUGACGAGACACGGUUGCCCAACUCGACUUUGGAAAGACUAGUUCAAGUCCUGCGCGCCAUGUAUUCACCAAUUACAGAGUCUGAGUAUUUAAGCUACACAACAAAUCUUCUUCUUCAUUUGACGUCGCAAAGUCCAGAUUUUGGCCGCUUAAUCUUCGAGCAACCGCUUUCAGAAUGCAAAUUUCAGGAUUAUGAAAUCAACUUCGCCUGGCAACAGAGAAACUCGACCAUGACUCCGUUGUUCGUCUCAACUUUGAUGCCCUCCGGGUCCUCGCAAUCUUCAUUUGGUAGUCACUCCAUGGAUAUCACAGACGGCGGGCAGUUGCGGGCUACGCAGAACCCACAGUUCAGUAUGACACAGACCGCUGGUGCAACUGGACCAACCGCGCAGACGUAUGAUUGGUUGAAUCCAAGUAGCCUUGAUACCUCCCAAUCUUCUUCAGCAUCGUUUUCAGUCGGGAGUCAACCAUCCAGUUUGUUGUUCAAAUCAAACCCGAACAUGCGGAGGUUUAAAACUCUCAGACCGCAGUCAGAACAACCAUCAACGUCUUCAGCCGCCCAAAGCGAUGACCCUUCAAACGAAAAUUCCUCCCAGUUGCAAAACAUUAGAAAAUUGAAGAGAAGAUUUGUGAAGGACCGGAAAGAAACCGAUGUAUAUUUCGCGAAAAAAGAAAUUGCCCGACAAAAAUUACGAACGGAAUCAGUUCAAAGACAGAAAGUGGCGCGGGAAAACAAAGUAGUGAUGUAUCGUAAAUACAGAGAAGGCGAUCUCCCGGAUAUACAAAUUAAACAUUCAGAUCUUAUCACUCCUCUCCAGGCUCUUGCCCAGUGCGACAGUUACAUCGCUAAGCAGUUGUUUUCAGGCAUAUUUCGAGGUAUUUUCUCGCAAAUUGACGAGAACGUGACAGACACUCAAGCAGACGAGAUCUUCCGUGACAUUCAGGACGCAUUAAACAACAUGAUCACGUCAUCCACACAAUAUUUCCCGCCUUUCAUCUCCUGUAUUCAGAACGUGUGUUAUAACGAAGGAAAGUUAUCUUUGGAGGCUGGAAAAGUGACUACAGCAUCAAUUGGAAGUUUACAACAGCCAACUGGUAUAAUGCUGUUAGAAAAACAAAUUUUACAAAUGGCUGAAGAUCCUGGAGAACGGCCAAGGAAGAGACAGAAAACUGGUGGCAAUCCUUCUCCUGAGAGCACAGCAACAUGGAUCGAACUCUCAAAACUGUACAAGUCAGUGGAGGAUUUUGAUGUACUGCAAGGGAUAUUUAACAGCCAUAUUGGUACUCAGAGCAUCACGAAAGACGCGCUCGAAGCUGAAGGAAGGGGAGAUUAUACGGAAGCAUUGAAACUUUAUUCCCAAGCUACAAAUUGCGAUGAAUGGCCAGCUGGUAGUUCUCCUCUACAGGCGGAAGAAGAUUUUUGGGAUGACUCAAUUUUAGAAUGUUGCAGACGUUUAACGCUUUGGGACAAAAUGGAUCACAAUUGCAUAGUAAACUUCGAUGAAGCAAAUGGUGUGUUGGAUCUAAAUCAAAUCUGGAGGGAUGAUUAUUAUAAGGAGCAUUACUUGCCUUUCCUACUUUGUUCAAAGACGAAGAAAUUCUGUAUCGGUGACCGCGAUGAAGUGUUUUUCAAUUUUAUUUUUGAUUCAUUAAAAAACGAGGAGAGGAAAGUUUAUCUUGAGAACAAAUACAGCGAUAUUUUGGCGUUACUUUUUAUACUUGACGAAGAUUAUGACAGGGCGAGAUAUUACACAAGCAUUUGUUUACAAGCUUUUCUGGAGGAUUGGUCAGGUCUAGACUCCAUAAUGACAUCAAGUCGUUCAGCUCAUCUGCAGAGUCUUCAGGCCUUGACAGAAAUGCAAGAGUUUCUCGAUUUUAUCAGCCACGAAGAUAACUUUUCAACGAUAUCAUCAGUUAAGUCCUUGUUAAAGCGGUGGUCUUCUCGUGAACCCGACCCUAAACUUCAUUCUGUUGGUGUUUGGGAAGAUGUGAUGACAAAUAGAUCGGUUUUCCUCGACAAGAUUUUGCUGAAGUUCGGUCAGUCUUCUCAACUGCAUUCUAGCGAAGACUCGAUGGAGAUUGAUGGCUUGAACACAACUCAACUCGAAGAAAUAUUUUUGAGGGAACGAGUUUUGUUUAGUUUAAGACUUUCAGAAGUGGCGACCGGGCAGGUCAAUUUUCCAGUCGCCAAAAAACAAUUGCAGAGUUCACUACAUUUGAUAAGAGAUCGGCUGAAAAAUGACAGUGAACUUGAAGUGCUUUGGACGCACUCGUACGGUGAUUUGAAUUGCAAGAAAUGUCCCAACUUAUUGCCAUCAGAAGCAGUUGAUACAGCAAUCUCUGCUUUGGAUCAGCUUGAUAAAAUAAAAGACAGUAAGGUUCUUCAAGAGAAUGCUUCCACUGGUAUCAGACAUCAUUUGUUGAAGAGCCGUAAUCUCGACGCCAUUACAAAUGUUUUAAGCAUUCCAGGAACCUGGGAUUCUCUGGAGAAAGAAGCCAAAGAAAAACUUCAUGGAUUGUGUUCUAGUAAAAAUCCAGAACAGUUAGAUAAGAUCCUUGGUCAUCUUACCACAAAAUCGUUCACAACACUUCAACGGGCAAUAAAAAUCGCUCAAACCAACGAAAACAACCAGAAAAACGCUGAAUCAGUACGGAAUUUGGUUACAAGUUCAAUGACAAUGGCGAACUUCUGUGACAGGCUGCUGAGGAUGAAGGAAGAAGACAGUGAACAAACUCCAAGAUUGGACAUGAAGUUGUUUCCGGGAAUUGUGAUACGAUUUGUGCUCAAAUCGAUGGCGUUUGAGUCCGCCGAGGCUCGACAAAAAUUUCCAAGACUUUUACAGCUUGUGGAGUUAUACCCUGGUGGUGACAUUGAAGCGUUUAAACGAAAGAGCUCAGAUGUUCCCUGCUGGAUGUUCAUUGGCUGGAUCAGCCAGAUGGUGGCCCUGCUUGAUAAGAGGGAAUCUCAUGCUGUACAAGGGAUAUUGCAGGACCUCGCGAAACAUUACCCUCAGGCCCUUCUUUAUCCAUUGAAAAUCAGCGCUGAACAGUUCAAGUUUGGUGGAUCGAUUGAAGAACAAAAAAAUAAGAAAUUCGUAGAAAGUUUGAAUGAGAGUUUGUCUUUCCCCGCGUCGGAUGACUUAAUCCAAGCUCUGGAACAACUGACGAAUCCCGAGAUGGUGUUCAAGGACUGGAUGGAUGAAGUCAAAGUGCUGUUGUCUACGAAAGGCAACGCUGUCAAAAUACGCGAAUCCUACGGUGAGAUGUCCAAGAAGCUUCUCAACGUCAAGAAGAGAGGAACAAAUUCAGACGGUUUGGAAUUUGGAUCCAUCAGAAGAAAGUUUGCUCAGGAAUUUUCAGGUAAUGUGGUAAAGGUUUGUGGUGAAGAUGGCUCAAAGAUUAUUGACAUGUCCAUUAAGGCGUUUGAAAGUGCAAUGAAGACAACUAACGAAAAAAUGAAAGCGAAAAAGUUUGUCGGAAAUUUGAAGGAUUAUUCACCGUGGUUGGCGAACUUUCAAACACAGAGUGAAACGAUUCAAUUGGAAAUACCUGGUCAGUACUCGGGGCAAUCAAAACCCUUGCCAGAAUAUCAUGUUAAAGUAGCUGGAUUUGGUGAGAAGGUGAAGGCAAUGUCAUCCUUGAGAGCGCCAAAACGUAUUACAAUACUGGGAAACGAUGAACGGGAACACACGUUCCUCGUCAAAGGCGGCGAGGAUCUCCGUCUGGAUCAGCGAAUUCAGCAGUUGUUCGGUUUAAUGAACGAUGUCAUGCGAGACGACGCCGCCUGUCACCAAAGAAACUUGAGUUUAAAAACUUACAAAGUCAUACCAAUGACGUCAAGAAUUGGAGUGAUCGAAUGGUUAGAGAACACGACAGUUUUGAAGGAGUUUAUUCGAAAUGGUUUGUCGGAGACUGAGAAUGAAACGUUUGACACAAUCGGUUACAAACACAAUAAAUGGAUAGUAGAAAAGUUUCCAGUCAAUGGCAACAAACACAUCAUAAAUAAUUAUUACCCCAUGUUCAAGAAAGCUUCCAGAGAAGUUAUUGAACGCAAAUUCCGAGAAUUGCAAAAUUUAAUGCCACACGAUGCGCUCAGACGUAGCUUCAUGCGGCUGGCAUCUUCACCAGAAGCUUUCUUGACACUUCGUGCAUAUUUUGCGCGCACUUACGGCUGUAUGACGAUAUGUCAUUAUAUUCUGGGAAUUGGUGACCGACAUUUGUCGAAUUCGAUGGUGGAUUUGAAGCAGGGUCGAGUGAUUGGCAUCGAUUUUGGUCAUGCGUUCGGCUCAGCAACUCAGUUUCUACCUCUGCCUGAGCUGAUGCCGUUCCGUCUGACUCGUCAAAUUUGUAACAUGAUGGAACCAUUGCGUGUAAGCGGCCAACUGCAAAGCACCAUGGUAUACACGAUGAGAGCAUUGAGAAACAACCAUGAAAUCUUGCUAAACACAAUGGACGUGUUUGUCAAGGAACCAUCUCUUGACUGGCAGAAUUUUGCAAGAAAACAAGCCGAAAAACAGAAAUUAAACCUCAACGAUAUGACAGACCUCGCCUGGUACCCAAAGGAGAAAAUAAAUUCGGCAAAACGAAAAUUGAAAGGAGAGAAUCCUGCAGAGAUUAUGAAACAGGAUCUGGAGUCUGGGCACAAGAAAGCCGGAUAUUAUGAAGAAAUGUUGUCAGUUUUGCUUGGCGACAAGCAGCAUAACCAACGUGCCAGGCAUUACGUCAACACGGUCGAGAAUCAGGUUGCAUGCCUUAUCGAUCAGGCGACGGAUCCGAACAUUUUAGGGAGGACUUAUCAUGGCUGGGAGCCCUGGGUAUGAGAGCUAUGAGUAUAGUUUUUUAAUGUAGACUACCGCUUACUGCUAGGAACGAGGAUGAACAGUGAGUCUAUAAUUGGUUAAUAUUAUAGUUAAAGACUGUGGAAACUCGUAACCAGGUUUAUCCUAGUGAAACAAACUGAGAGUAAUCACUUCCUACAAAAUUCUAAUCCACUCGUUCUGUUCUGGCAAGAAAAUAAUGACGUCAAUCACGACAUACAACAUUGACUUCAACAUUCACAUUGAAAAAAUACUAAUGAAUAUUUGUAUAUAGUGACAUGUAUAUUUGUUGUGUUCUUUGCAUGAAAUCAUUCAAUGCCCUUCUGUUCAUUUGA